AUGAGUAAUUCAACUACAUCAAUCUUCCUUCCAACUGCAACCAGCCAGGUUCAUGGGACUAAUCAGAGUGGGGCUGUGGGAAAGACAGAGCCAUCAUAUGCUGUCCUCAAGUUCAUGGAGAGCUUCUGCCUCAUCAGCGCUGCCUGUGGGAUGGUGGGAAAUGGCAUGGUCCUAUGGUACCUUGGCUUCCGCAUCCAGAGAAACCACUUCACUGUCUACAUCCUGAACCUGGCUGCUGCCGACUUUGGGUAUCUCCUCUGCAUCGCCAUUGAGACGGUUCAGUACCUGAUGCAGUUCAACGUGGGGGUGCAGUUUGGGAUAUUCCUCUUCCUGGAUCUUUUCAUGUAUGGGACUGGCUUGUAUCUCCUGACGGCCAUCAGCAUUGAGAGGUGCUUGUCCGUCCUUUGUCCAAUCUGGUGCCGAAGCCACCGCCCAAAGCACUUGUCUGGCAUCAUCUCUGGCCUGCUCUGGGGUCUCUCCCUGCUGCUGAACACGCUCGGGUAUGUUUUGUGUACCGUUCGC